AUGGCUUCUCUGUCUGCUACUGCUGCCACUACAAGUUCUCAUCACCAUCCACCGCCUUUCUACUUCGAUGAGAAGUGGAAGCUGUCAAAGAAAGAAGGGUCGUCGAGAUCGAGCCGUUCAUCUUCUUGCCCUCUCAUGAAAAGCUCAUCGCAGUCGCGGAGAAGGUGUUCUUUUAGCAGAAAGUGUGCGAGGUUGGUGAAGGAACAGAGGGCUCGAUUCUACAUCGUGAGGCGCUGCGUCACUAUGCUCAUCUGCUGGAACGAUUACAGCGAUUCAUGA